AAUGGCCCGAUAGGGCCAAAAGUCGGAGUUUCUCCAUUUUUGGUCCCAAUAAAACAAAAGCGCGAAGUCACAAGAAGAAGAACACCAAAUUGAAGAACUACCCCAAUUUCUGGAGAUUUCCAGAACCAAGGUUGAGGAGAGAAAAAAAAUGGUGAAAGAGGAGGAAAAGAGGAAGAGGGUAGGUACAGAAUCUUUAGGAUGGCUCACAGAAUCCACAAUUAUGCCGAAGAAGCAUAAAGCAAUUGAAGGUGUUGGUGCUUCUUCAAUCUUUGAGCUCAAAGCUGAACUCUACAAAUCCCAGGAAGAUGCCAAGAAAUCCAAGGAAAUCUCCGGCGCCGACGUCGAAUACCACCGCGCCAAGAAGAAGAUCACUGCCAAUAACUCAUUUGCUCGCAAAAACACCGGCGUUGAUGCGCGCGCUCAUCAGGACAAGCUCGCACUCAAGGCUGUUACUGAUGGUUCUGCUAGCUACGCAGCACUGGAGAAAAAGGCUGCUUUGUAUGAAAAACUUGCCAGGGGAGAGCUUUCAGAUGAGGAAGAUAAAGAGAAGUAUUGUGUUGAUUUUUUCCGCAAGGGUCAUGAGGAAGAGGAAAUUCAGGAGUUGCAACCUAACGAUUCUUCUAGUAAAGUAUCUGAAAAAAUUGACGAAUAUGAUGACUUUAUUCCUUUCAAUUCAAAGCCCCUGGGUUUGGGGCGUACUGCUGGAGCUGUCGACAUUGAUGAACACAAACGUUUUGUCAGGGAAGUGCACGAAGAGGUGAAUCAAGCCAGAGAAAAUGCUUCUGAACUGAAGCUACGCAGGCAAGAACAAGCAGCAGCUCGGCGAGAAAAGCUUAGACAGGCUUACAUUCGGAAACAAUUGGAGAAGGUGAAGUCUACAAUGACAACAAAACAAGAGCAAACCUAACCCAACUAAUGCAGAUUGAUUGUUGAAUUGGUUCGAAUAUUGAGCAGCUGUUGCUAUCGUGGAUAUCAAGAGCAUUGAGCAGCUUGGAAAAAGUAGGGCGAAAUAAAGCCUGCGCUUGCACUGUCAUUGGGCUUGCAAGUAGAUCUGUGGUUCAGAAAUCAGAAGUCAGGCAAACAUGUCAAUUGAGGCAACAUACAUCAUUAGCACAAGCCUUGAAGCGGUACUGGACUACCCUGCUGCAGUGGACUACCAAGCUUGGGUGGAUUGAUGGUCAAAACUCAAGAAUCGUGCAUCUGAAAUGAUGCUUUUCAUUGAUUUUCCCUUCACGGAUUUUCCCUUAUUUUCAUUGUAUUGACAAUUCUAAUACGUACUAGUACAUGCAUAGUGAUUUUCAUCAUACAAAGUUCCAAUUUAAGAAGCUGCUUUUAGCAA